CAAUGUCAAUUAAUUGAUGUUCAACGUUAAACAUGUCAAACAUAUUGUAGCUCAUUGUAAUUUUGUGCUGUGGUGAAAAGUCGAGAACGAAGAUACAUUUUUGACUUGCUUCGUCAAAAUAUUUUUGUGAUUUUUUUAUGGUGAAUCAAUAUUACAUUUUAAGUGUUUUUGUGAAACGACGUUACGUAGCCUUAUAAUGUCCCAUAACAAUAAUUUUGAUAGAAGCCUAGGAACUACUGGCAUUUUACCUGUACCUCAAUCUACAAAUAAAUUUGUAUACGUUAAUAGAAAUAUGGUACAAAAUGGCUUUCAACAAAAAAAUUCUAAUAUACCACCAGCAAAAAUAUUAAUAAACCCUAACUUCAAACAAAGUGUUCAUGUUAAUCCCCACUUUAAUAAAAUGGCUCAUUCAACACCUAGUACUUCAAUUUUUGUUAAUCCUAAUGUUAUAAUGCAGAAAAGUUUGCAAUAUACAAUGGCCUCUAUUCCUACAAUUUAUCAGACAUCAACAAUAAAUAAUAUAACACCAACAGAAAUUACAAAAACAACAUCUACAAUUUUGACGCAAGACAAUUACAAACCAAAAGAAGAAAUAGCAAAGAAAAAAGGUGCUGUUAUAAAAAAUACUAAAACUAAACUGGUUCGUGUUGCUUCUUCUGUGAACUGUAAUAAACCAAAUGAAGCAGGAAGUAGUUACAAAGUAUCUCCAACUAAACAACGGCAGAAAGUUUGCUCAAGAUAUCGUUUAGUAAGAAGAUCAUUUAGUAAAGAUCAACCAACCAGUGAUAAGGAUGGUUUCCAUAUUAAGAGAUUAUUUUAUGCAAAAAGUAGAUUCAAGAUUGAUAAAGUACUAUUAGACAAUAAAAAUUAUAUAAAAUAUUUGCCAGAGAUGAAGCAAACAAGAAAGAAGCGGUUUUAUUUCUUCAAUAAUUUGUCAUCAGAAAAUCUGUAUGUAAAGAAAAAAAUUAUUCUGAGUAAGACACAGUUUGUGGGUAUCAACAGAAUAUUAAACAGAACUUCACUGAAUAAUAAGUUAAAUAGUACAAAUGGUACCUUAAGUCAAAAUAAAAAGAUUGGAAGAAAACUAAUCACAAUAAGAGGACAAAAAUUCAAAUUAGAUGCCCAUAACAAAACACUGACCUGUUUAACAAGACAACCAAUGUCUGCACGUGCUGUCCAUAAUUUAAAAGAUAAAAAUAGUCCUAUUAAAAACAAUGCCAAUAAAAGACAUAAUUUAACAAGUCAUUUUAAGCAGAAAAAUAUAAGCAGUUGCAGUUCAUUAAACAGAAUGAAAAAAUGUAAUAUUCCCUGUCCAUUCUUUCGAAAAUAUGGACGCUGUAGAGGUAAAGAAAAGGGUACAUGCAACCGUGUGCAUAAUCCUGAUCAAAUCUCCUUGUGUCCCAAAUUUUUGCAAGGAGCCUGCAUAAACGAUAAAUGUCUUUUGUCACAUAAAGUAUCGCCGGAAAAGAUGGCGACCUGCAAAUUCUUUUUGGAAGGCUUGUGUACACGAGAAAACUGCCAGUACCUUCAUGUGAAAAUAAACGCAAAAGCAGACAUUUGCCAGAAAUUUUUAGAGGGUUUCUGCGAUAAAGGCAGAGAGUGUGAUAAACGUCACCAAUACCUAUGCCCUGCAUUUGAAAAAUUGGGAAAGUGCUUGAAGAAGAAGUGCCCCUAUCCACAUGCGAAUGUGGUAAGAAAACGUAAAAUAUCUAUAAAGGUUGCCACAAAAUCGUCAAGUUCUCAAAAACGAAUUAAAAAAGAUAACUAUAAGCAAACUCCUAAAAAUUCAAUCAAAGAAUUAAAUGAAUCGACAAAAAAAGUAGAAAUUGCCAAUAAUUUGGUAAAAAGAUACUAUAUAGAUUCUAAUCCAACAUCUUCAAACGAUAUACAUGUUGAUGAUAACAAUGAAACGAAAAUUUUGCAUUCAGAUACUCAUUCAAAUGACAACCAUACUGAAGAAAUUUCAGCGCCUUUACCGAAACGUCCGAAGCUGGGUGAAUUGCCUUCCUUUAUACCUUUUGAAAGUACUUAGGAGAGUUUGUGAUACAUUAAAUUUAUAUCUACUAUAUAUGUGAUUGAUUGAUUUCAAUUGUAACAAAACUAAGAAAUGAUGAUUUCGUGGCAACAUUUAUUACUGUUUUUAUUAAAAAAAAGGUAGUUAGAAGAUAUAAUUGAUGUUAAAAAGAAUAAUAAACGAAUUAGAAGCGAU